AAUAGUAUAUUCAAGUAUAUUCAUCCGACUGUUCCGGUACCAGAUCUGGAGCCCACUCAUGCCACCAACCACCCUCUACGACUCUAACUCCCCCGGGCAGUCAGACGGCAAAUCAAUAUAACUCGCUCUUGGAGACCCCCGACGCACGGAGAACAAACUGGAGCUCGAAAAAUAAAUCCCCUUCUGGUAUUUUUGGCGCACUAGGGCCGUCUAUAAAUUGGGCCCUGGCCCGCCUCGUCCGUCUGGCGCCUGCUUUUCCAUGCGAUUGCUUGACAUGAUAUUCUCCGUCUCGACAUAGCUGUAGCUGUAUUCUCCUCACUGUCAUCAUUCUCGGUCAUUCUCGCUGAGAAACUACCACCAAGUGACCAAACGGCAUCUUGUAUAAUGGCCCAACUCGCAUCGCACCGCUCCGGGCGCAGCUCCGAGAGCUCAGUCGACGUCGUCGCGACCGAAAAGCAAAAGCUUGCAUCCGUGCAGCUGUCGCAAGAAAACAUCAACGGGCUGCCGGACCUGCGCAACUCCGCCUCCCCCAAACGCUGGAAGACCUUCUGGAAGUCCUUCCGCUACCUGCAGCACCUCACCCCGAAACAGGUCGACGACUUCAUGGCCUCGUACGUCAUCUACAACCUCGACUGGUCGGACGAGCAGGAAAUGGUGCGCGUCCUGGGCGCCAACUACCAGGAAAAAGUCGGCGACUGUCUGCAGGCGUACUAUGGCGUGCUCAACCACUUGUGCGCGCUGGGCGAUGUCGAGAAAAUGUAUAUCCCCCCGUUUAUGAGCGCGCGCGCGACCGUCCUCGAGAACCAGCUGCUGUACGAGGAGUCGAUUGCGCACGACAUUGGGCUGAACAGCGGAGAUCGGGUGUUGGAUCUGGGCUGUGGGCGCGGGCGCGUCGCGGCGCAUAUGGCGCAGUAUUCCGGCGCAAAGGUAACAGGGCUGAAUAUCGAUCCGAACCAGGUGGCGCAGGCGACCAAGUUCAAUGAGGAGAUGGGGUUCGGCGAGACGAAUGAGUUUGUCGUGCAGGACUUUAAUGCGCUGCCGCUGCCCUUUGACGAUGCGAGCUUCGAUGCCUUCUACCAGAUCCAGGCGCUGAGUCUGUGUAAGGACCUCGGUGCGUUAUUCCGCGAGAUCUACCGGGUGACGAAGCCGGGGGCUAGGAUCUCGCUGCUUGACUGGGUCAGUCUGCCCCGGUAUGACGGCGCGAACGAAGAGCAUGCCGAGCUGAUGCGGCGCGUGAAGCCGUUGAUUGGGGCUGUGGGCACGCCGACGCCAGAGAUCCUCGAGACGGCGCUGCAGGAGGCCGGGUUCACGGUGCUGCGGUCGGAUAAUGCCAGCGUGGGCGACCUGCAGGCGCCGCUGAUUGACAAGGUGGACUUGUACUUCCGGUCGAUGCGCCAGGUGAUUCUGGGGCUGGUCAAGACGCAUGUCCUGCCCAAGCACUUCAAGACGCUCAUCAACCGGCUGUGUCUGGAUGGGCAGGCGUUUGUCAAGAUGGACAAGCUGCGUCUGAUCACGACGAGUUAUCGCAUCAUUGCGCAGAAGCCAACCUGAUGCCAGAGACGCAUCUCUGCUGCUGCUGCUGCUGCUUUUGCUAGAGCUGUCUUUAAGCCGGAGUUGGUUUGCAUCUUUAUUGUUUUCAUUUUUUCAUUUCGUGUUUUGUUGUAGGAUACCCGGUUGGGUGGGCGUCCAUAUGUCCAUAGAGGCGUAUAUAGAAUUGAUUCUCCCAACUUUCCCCGAC